CAAAUGCAGCACAAAGAAUAUAGGUACAUGGAACCCUACCGCUUAUUUCAAGAAUAUCGGAGAAUCCGUCGUCGAUCGAGGUCUUCCGAAUGAGAAUCCGAAAUUGGUCGAAGUAUUCCGAAACAUGUUUUUAUCGAAGCACGCCACACAAACUGCAACGUAUUACACAGUGAGGUGGCAUUAGUUGAGCAGGAGUUUGUUGUUUACAAGAUAAAAAUUGUUUUGUUUCCGUCUUUUUACUACAGUUAUGUCUUCCGUGGUAGGUACUAAAGAAGACACCGAACUAAAAGGAGGCCAUGCACCCGCAGUCAAAGUGGCGGGGAUGCGAGUGGCGACGAAGACGGCCCACCCGAACGCGGUGGCGGGUGAGAAACCUGCGGAGGUAAUGAAUCCGGAGGAAGAUGGGGAAGUCGAGCUUGGUGAAAGUCCUCCAAAGACAGACAAACAUCAUCAGUCGUUAUUGAUCUCAGGUGUGGUAACCAAGGGAGAUAAAGAUUUUCCGCCGGCAGCUGUGAAGUCUUACCAUGAAAAGCCGGUGCCGGCCCACGACAAGAGAACACCAGCCCCGCAACUCAACAUGCACAUCAACCAGCCACGCAAGUGAACGACCGCCGACGCUCUCGGCGGACAUUGUAACCAUUCUCUUCUAGCUCCAGUGGGUCAACACUCUACCUUUGUAGCUUGGGAAACUGGCUCUCAGAAAAUAAAUGACAUUUUUCUUACAUGCCAUAAAUUAAAAGUGAAAAAAGAGACAGUAUUUUCUUUGUUGCCUAAUAAAUUAAAUUAAGAAAAAUUAAUGUUUACUUUUCAAGCUGGUAUUUAAUAUUUAAAGGUUUAAAAAAAAAAAAGUCUUUAUAGCCUAUUACUUUAAACCCCCCAAAAAUUAUAAAAAUUUUUGUGCAGGCUAUUGAUUAAAAGUAAACAUAAAAAUAUAUUUUCUUUACAGCCUGUUAAAUUAAUUCUCAAAAAAUUAAUGAUAUUAUCUUUACAGCCUGUUAAAUUAACACUCAGAAAAUUAAUGAUAUUAUCUUUGAAACUAGUUAAAUUAAUUCUCAGAAAGUAAUGAUAUGAUCUUUAAAACCAGUUAAAUUAAUUCUCAGAAAUUAAUAUUAUCUUUACAGCAUUUUAAAUUAAUUCUAAAAAAACUAUUAAUGUUUACUUCAGUCUAUUUAAUUAAAACUUUAUAAAAUUUAUGGCUAAAUUGCUAAUUUGUAACACAAAAAUUAAUUUAACGUACUUUGAAGUUUUGUUAGCUGAGAUAAUAAAUAUUAAUUACUCUCAGUCCAUUAAUUAGAGCUAAUUAUUUUUACUUUUUAUCUUAUUCAUUUAUGUAAGCAAAUCAAUAAAUUUGAAGCCUUUUAAAAUUAAAACAAAAUAUGCAUUUACUUCACAUUCUUUUAUAAUACAGUGAAUAAACCAUGGGAUUUAAGAUUCGUGGAUGCUAAAGUUAUAAGGAUGGAUCCAGGGGGUGGGAGGGCUGAGAGCGGGUGAUUUUAGCCAGGAUAAUAAAUGAGGGUGGGGCACUGCAUUAGUGUGGGGCAGUCAUUGCCUGAGUCAUGUUAUGGAGUGACAGAAAAGUAUAAAAGAUGGUGAUGGAAAUACAGUGUGAUUUGGGGGGAAAGGUGCAUAGCCCCUACCCCAGUGAACAAGAAGAUCCUGUCCCCCGCCUAAAUACAAAUGCCCUUUUAAAAUAAAAAUUUCGUCAAUUUUUAUUUUACGAAUGCCAAAAUUUAUUGGGAUAUCUUUUUUAGAAUUUUGUCCAUGUGAUCUUUUCUCCUUGGUGCCAACUCUUAAAUAUUUUCUGGGUCUGCCGCUGAGUUAUUAUUCAUCUUCAGGUUACAAAGGUUCUGUGUUGGUGAUCAAGUUACUAUAAUUGGAAAACGGAUAAAAGGAAAUUUGCAUUUACAUUUUUUAUCCUGAUAUGGAAAAAAGAAAUUUUGGUUGUGGUUUAUUGUUGGAAUAGGGUUCCAAAUUUUGUUUUUAAAGAGAACAAAAUACAUGGAGGAAUGGAUAUUAUUGACAGCUAAGCUUGUUUAUAUUAAAACGAGAAAGGAAAAAACAUAUUUUGUUCUUGGAAUAACAUUUCAGGAAUUUUUUUGUACAUCAUAUAUAUAUAUAAAUAAACAAAAUUGAAAGUGCUUUUCUUAAUUUUACGUUUCUUAUUUUUUGUGUUGAAAAUUUAAAAUAUCUUGUUUUUGUUUCUUUCAGUUUUAUAACAGAAUUGUUAACUUUAAAAUUAUGAAGUGCUUUUUUUAUUGGAACAGGAUUGUUUCUAUUAAACCAGAAAUAUAAAGGAAUGAUUGAUUUGUUAUUGGAACAGGGUUUUAUGUUUUAUUAUAUUAAAUUUUGUUUGAAAGACUUAGUGCUUUUUUGUAUUGGAACAGGCUUCCUAUAUUUUUGGAAAAAAAAACUGAAAUGUUUUUUUUUUGUUUUUCUUAUAAAUAAAUGAUUUUGUAUAUAGUACAUGUAAUAAUGUUUUAGAUUAUCUUAUAUAUUUUGUAGCCAUUCCAGAAAUAAAUGAAUUGGGGAGGAGGUGGGUUGGGAUGAAGGAGGAAAACAAAUAAAGAAAACAUUAAUGUUGGAUGAUGGGAAUUUUGUAGACAAAUGAUUUCAGUUGAGGGCUGUUUUCCAUGUGCAUGGUUUUUGGUCCAGUAAGGAAUACGGAAUGUGAAAAAUAGAAACAUAAAAAGUAAUGAUUCUAUAGUUAUCAGUACAGUAAUAGAAAGAAGCAGAAUUUUUCACUGGUACAUGGACAAGUACAUAUACAAAUCUACUUGUCCAUCAUUUUUUUUCACGUGUCCAAAUAAGUUGUUGGUUUUAUUCAAUUUAUAAUUGACAUUAUAAAUUAUCACUUGUCCACUGGACAGCCACUGAGGUUCAUUUUGCUUGUCCCAGCAGAUUAUCACUUCGUCAGGACAAACAGAUAAGUACUUAUUUCAAACACUGCAACACCAAUGGGGGCGGGAUUUAGCUCAGUCGGUAGAACACUCGUCCGAGAUGCUUAGGUCGAAGGAUCGAAUCAUCUCAGUGGACUCAUUCUGAUUGGGGUUUUUUCUGUCCCAACCAGUGGCCCAUUACUGGGAUUGUUAUCAAAUGUUGUGGUAUGUGCUGACCUGUCUGCAUGAAAAAAGCAUAAAGAUUCCUUUCUAAUGGAAAAAUGUAGCAGGUUUCUUCUAAGAAUACAUAUCAGAAUUGUAUGUUGGAGGGGGGGGGGGAGAGGGGGGUGUUUGAAUCUUAACUCAUUCGGUGGAGUGCUUGCUUGAGAUAUUUUGGUUGUAGGUUCGAAACCCUCAAUGGAAGAAAGGAAAGAAAUGUUUUAUUUAACGGUGCACUCGACACAUUUUAUUUACAGUUACAUGUAUAUGGUGUCGGGGAGGAAAACCCUCAAUGGUUCCAUUAUCUGACUGAUUUGUUUUCCAUGUCCCAAUGAGUGCCCCAUGACUGGUAUAUGAAAGAUUCUGGUAUGUGCUGUCCUAUCUGUGAGGGAGAGUACAUAAUUUAUUUUUAUUUUACUGCUAAUGGAAAAUAUGUAGCGGAUUGUUUUGCUAUAUCAGAAUUAAGACUUGUUUGAUUUCUAAUAGCAGAUGAUUAAUUAAUCAGUAUGCUCUAGUGGGUGCCGUUAAACAAAACAAAGUUUACUUUACAAUAGCAGUGUAUCUGUUCCUAUGCGUGUCAAAAACCGUGCUCAUGAAAAACAGCUCUAAUAUUAGACAGGUUGCCGGCUUGAGUAAAACCAGUGUAUUGCUGGGCCUUUAGAUAUUUUACAUAUUUAACACAUCUAUAGGUGGUGGAUUGAUAUAAAAACUUAAGUGCCUUCAGACACCUCCAGUCACCCCCCUAGUUUAUUCCUGGACUUGCCCUUAGAGGAUAUUGGUAAUUGUGUGUCAUUUCUGUGUGCCACGGUAUAAUAAGAAUCGUAGGCAUACGAGCUUCCAACUUUGGGGGACGGUGAUUUUUGCCCAGUUAAUGAAAUGCCCAAAUCUGGAUAUCAGUGUUUAUUAAUAUUUGUAUUGCUACUUAUAUGGGGUUCCAAAUGAAUCGUCCCUGUCUCAUACGCUUAUGGUACGAAUUACGUGUAUGUGUGGUACUACCUAUACAAUUUGUCGUUUUAUGAUGCUGCAAACCUCUGUUUUUUUCCAUAUAUAUACACAAGAAAAUUAAUGUUAGAUAUUUUGAGCAUUUUAAAACUAUAUGAUACAAAAUACAUUUGUUUUGCAGAUAUAUAGAUAACUUGAAAUAUAUACCACCAUGCAGUGUCAGUUCGAGAGGUUAACUUUUCAAAUAUACCAUGUUGUACAGAACGCAACUGGGCAUAGGUGGCCAGAUUUUAGUCUCAUUAACUAGACAACAUUGUUAACUACAGUAGAAUACGCCCAAAGGUCGAACCUACCGGUAUUCUCGAACGAAGAACAAAGUCCCGAUUUUUCUCUCUAUUAAACCCCUUUAUUUUGGUGCUGAUUGGUCGAAUACCCCUAGGGUCGAACAGAAGGUUUCUCUCUAACCAGUUUAUUGGUCCGAACUGUAAAAUUAAACAUAUUUAGCUCAAACGGCUACGUCUAUCCGAAGAAAUAUAAAAAAUAAUUUACGUAUAAUUUUUUCGUCGACCCUUUCACGCUUAUCGUGUUGUUUAUUUAGCACCUGUCGAUAAUUAUCUUUCAGGUACAGACAAUUGUAAUGCGAUAAUCGUUAGAUGAAUAACCUUGCAAGUAAAAUCCAAUCAACUCGUGAGUCAAUCGGACCAUCUCACCCAGCCAGUUUUAGGGAAACAUGCGAGGUUGUCCGAAUGAUUUUUGUGUUACAGAAGCACCCGACAACGGCCGAAUGCAUGGUUCGAACUACCCGAUUGGUCGAACAGACUUUGAUGCACCGACAGUGUUCGAGCCAAAGAGAUUCUACUGUAUUUCAUAAUUAUUUUUGUUGUCUACUGGCCAUAAAUAUUGCAUGUGUAUGAAGUACUUAUUAAAGACUCCAUUACAAUUAAAACCAUUUCCCAUUUAUGAUAUUGUACAUGCAAGUCUUAUUCACUUGUUUCAUAUUUUAUGACUACUUACCGUAAAUAUAAUAUGUAUUUAAGCUCAAAUAUUGCACUAUAUUAUACCUUAUAAUACAAUUAAAAAGCAUUUUCAAAUUUCUUUCAUAAUGAAGUUUUAUUCACUUGUAUAUUUGUUUAUGUUUUACAUAGUUAUUUUUAUAAAUUUAAUAUUUGUAUCAGCAUUAAAUAUUUGAUUAUACUUCAUUUCAAAUAUACCACUAGUCAAGCACUUAUUAUUUUCUUCAGACAUAUAAAAUCUUGUGUUAUAAUUGUUAUUUGUUACUACCGUAUGUCUUCACCUAUAAGUUUAAUUGUUUUCAUCAAAAUAUUAUUCGCUAAAACUCACUCCAAAAAUUUAUUUUCUUGAGACUUUAGUCAGAAAAAUCCAUCAACAAAAGAACUUGUGCUAGAAACUAUUACGUCUGUUUAACCCAAAUCCUUGGCCGGAUGCACCCUUCGAUUUUAUACAGGAAACUGUCUGAUAUUAUGUAAAUAAAAUAUACUCCUGUAUACUCGUUGAAAAUUAAUCUUUACAUGUGUAUUUGGCGAGAAUGAGUUGGAUAUGCUUGUUAUUUUCUUUUGAAAUAUAUUGUCUCAAAUUAACCUACAGUCAGAUACAAGUUUUAAACUGUUUUAUUUGUAUACCAUUUCUAAAUUUAAUUAAAACACCAUGGGCCAAAUUCGCAAAUAUGUUUAAUCUCUCUAACAGCAGCAUUGCAUCUUCCUGGCAUGUGUUUUUAUAUUUAACUAAGCUCGCUUAAACUUGUUUAAUCUCUCUUAAGCAACAUUGCAUCUUCCUGGCAUGUGUUUUUAUAUUUAACUAAGUUCGCUUAAACUUGUUUAAUCUCUCUUAAGCAACAUUGCAUCUUCCUGGCAUGUGUUUUUAUAUUUAACUGCAAGAUCUCAAACGACUGCGAGAAUUUAGUGAAAUAGACUCCAUCUCCUUUGAUUUAUAUACAUAUAAUCGGGCAUUAUUUAUAAUCCCUGAUCAUACACAUUCUCUGUAACGUAUACAUUUUCUAAAUUUUUAUAACUUUAAUGGAAUUAUUUCCUUGUUUCAUGCAUUAUAUGCAAUACAUUAAUUCUAAGACUAAGCGACAUUCUGUUUGUAAAUAUAUAUUGUACAGCAAAAGAAACUUGUUAAUUUUAAAAUAGAUGUAAAUAAUUACAUUUAUCAAAAGUCUUAAAAAGUAUUAUUAAUUAAAAUAAAAAAUAAACCCCAUUAUUGUGAAUGGUUGUUGCUUUACAGUCACUAAAACGCACCAUUUUAAUAAGUUUUGUUGAAUUGAUAGUUGAUAUAAUACUUUAAAAUUAUUACUCAAGAGGCCACAAUUGAACACAACAAUUCCAUUAUGAUUUUGGAAUCUCGUGUUUCUUGUGCUGUUCAGUAUUUAAUAAUUCUAACUCCUACAAAUGGCUGUUUCUGUUAUAAACACAGCAUUUCAGAAUGUUUACUUAAUGUGUUGGACAUAACGUAUAAUAUUAUUCUGGAACUACAUACAUAUAUGACGAAGAUUCCAUUUAAUAAACAAACAAAAUAGCUUUGUUUUGGAUGACAAUUUUGGACUGUUUUAAAGGUUUAAUUUUGUUUUUAAUGUAAUAUGACAAAAGUAAAUUUCUAUUUCCAUCCCCUUGUUCUAGAAUUUCUACGAAUUCAUUAUUAAAAUUUUCUGCAUCAAUUAAUUCCAGAUUUUUUUUUCUUUGUUAUGCAUGUAUCUUCUAUUUUUGGAUAACUUGCCUUUUUGUUUUGUACAUUUUAUGGAUAAAUCUUGGUAACAAAUGUCUUGUUUUUAUUGUUACACAUGCCAAAUUUGUUCUGUUUAAUUUUACUAAUGUUUGAAAACUUAUUUUUUUUUCUCUUAUGCUUACAUUUUAUUGUAAAUUGUUUUUCACUUGCUAUACUUACUUAACAAAUAUAUUUUUAAGAUUACACUUAAACACUGGGCUUAUCUAUUAAGCAGUUAUAAAUUAAAUGCUACAUUUUUAUCCAAAUUUGUUUCAAAAUGUAGGCAGGCCUGAAAUUUAAUUUUUUUAUUUUCAGGACAUUGGGCAUACCAUGCAUCUAGCAUCAUAUAUGAUUAAUGGGAAAAACCCCCCGUUUUUUUGCUAAUAAAAGAAUUGGAGGCAGGCUUUUAUCCUUGGGGCGGUUGUGUCUGAAAAAUCUAGCUUUAAUUUAUAAUGGCUUUAAGAUACAGUCAAAGUGGGUUUUUUCUCUUAGUUAAGCACAUGUUAAUUAAACUACUUUGUCUAACACGUGGUGCAAAUUUGUUUUUGUUUUUUCCCUGUAUUCUAAAUGAAUAUUGUACUGAAUGUGUGAGUAAUGUAAAUAAAAAUUUACACAUG